AUGGACGAACCAAAAGCUCCAGAUGAUGCUAGGAACUGGGAAUCAAUGGAUAUAUAUUUGUUUAGUAAUGGGCAACAAUGCUCUCCACCAAGGAAAUACCAUUUACGAUGUGAAGAACUAAAGUUGUGGGACGCUACAUUAUGCUUUUUAGCGCAUUCCCACUAUGGAUCGAUGCAAUCUAAUAUAGAACUAUACACUUUGGAUGGAAAAAAAAUUAGCAGUCCUCUAGAACUGAAAAACGAUACGGCCUAUGUUGCUGUCAAACCACCCGAUGCGUUCAUCUCAGCAGGUGACAACAAAUAUAUACAAGAUUGUACAAAAGAGUGCAUAAUUGCACUCAAUGUGAAUAAAGAUGCAACUGCCACCGACAAUGAAGUUUUUUUAAACUCAAAAACAGUUGUUCAAAACAUAUGUCCAAAUUGCGAAACGUCUAUGAUGACUCUAAAAGAAAAUAAUAAUCUUCCAGAAAAUCUUAGUCAUAAGCAAAAUUCUAAAGAAAUUCAAAAAUGUGAUAUUAAGAGAAUUAAUUCACGCUGUUCCAAAGCAAAUAAAAAAGAUCCAAUUUUAUUUAAAAGGAAAGAUACAUCUAUGAUUAAUAAAACUGAAGUUAAUAAUCAUAUAAGACAAUUAGCUCCACCGAAUAAUUCCAUUUCUCAUCAUGUAAUAAAAAACCGACAAUGUAAAGACAAAACAAAACAAAAAACGCCAAAAGAUGAUAAGAAAAAUUCGAAGAUCAAUAGUGAAGUAGAAGUCGGAAAGAUCGGUAAUGGUGUUGUAUCAUCAAGCAAUAAUGAGGAACAUAAAGACAACAUGAAAUAUAAAAAUAAUAACAAUUCGCCAAGAUCGGAUAUUGUUUCAAACAUCUUCAGGAAUCUCGAAAAUGACACACAAUCACUCUUUAUGGAUGAAAAUCAAAAUUUAUUAGAAUUAAAGAACAAAUUAGAAGACAUAUCUCAAUCUAACUCUAAUAAAAUAAAUGAGACUUUCGCUGUGACAACCAACAAAAAUGAAAAUACAACUAAUUUAAUUGAGAAAAAAAAUCAAGAACAAAACACAGAUUUUGUGGAUAAAGAAGGGAAGUUAAACAUAUUUUUAAAUAUAAAUUUAAAAGAUUAUACAACCCCUAAUGCUCAAAGCAAAACCUUUUUAAAUAAAUGUAAUUCAGAAUUAAGGGUGCUAUCACAUAGACCUUCGCAAGUAAACAUUGAUGUUAUGCUAAGUAAAGGUGGGAGAAAUUUUAAAAAUAAUGCAGUACCUCAAAUCGAGAAACCUCCAGAAUGCGAUACAAACAAUAAUAAAAGUUUUGGUACCACAAUAGACGGUAACAAAGUUACGGUUAUUCGUUGCAAAUGCGAUAGUAAACACAAUAUACUAACUGAACGAUAUACCAAAGAGCAUUCAAAUUUUUUCUUUUUGCUUCCUAUAGUAGAAGAAAAAGAACGCAGUAAUGGUGACAUAAAAUUUGAAAUGGUUGAUAAGGAAAUUCAAGUAUCUAGUGAUCCAAAUAGUGAAGUAGGAGACAAAACGGAAACACAGGAAGAUUCAAGUUUACAAAACAAUUUUGAUGAGGAAUGUAAAAAAGGGAAAGUAUCGGAGUGCUCAGAAAAUGAAGAAGUAAGGAAAAAUGCGCCUACAAUAAUGUGUAAAAGUCCCAGCGACAUGUUUACUCAAACGGAAUGGUGUAAUGUAUUGGUAACUAAAACAAGUCAUUACAAUGUAGCAAAA